AUGGCCUCCCUGAAUGUGAAUAGCGCUGCUUGGCUAUAUCCUUUUCGAGGAGUUCUGUACUAUUCCACUCAUCGCUUUCUCUGGCCCUUAUUCAAAGCGCGAUUGAUCCCAAUAAUCCUACUUUCAACAUUCAUCUACGUCCUCCUUUUCCUCUUUACAUACCUACCACAAGUCGCCUUCCUCGCCAUCUUCCAAGGCAAAAGCGCAUGGAUCAGCGGAGCCUUUUUAGUGCUGGGUGAAGGCGCAGCCAUCGUUGCCGCUCUAUUCGAAGCCUUCUUCGUCGACGAGACACUGGUAGAUAUCUUCGAUGCGGUCCUGGUCAAUGAAGGUCAUGGAGAACUGGUCACAACUUCUCGGGUGCUAUAUCCCCAGGGGGAUAAUAUCGUGCAGCGGCUUGGGAAACCCAUGAAGGGGGCUGUGUAUGCGCCGUUUUCUCUGAGACAGAUUGUUGAGUUUGUUGUUCUGCUACCGCUGAACUUGAUUCCGGUUGCGGGUGUGCCGAUGUUUCUGUUGUUGACGGGUUAUCGUGCUGGGCCGUUUCACCAUUGGCGGUACUUUCAGUUGCUGGACGUUCCGAAAAAGCAGAGGAAGGAGCGGAUUCGCCAGAGGCAACUUCAGUAUACAUCAUUUGGAACGGUGGCUCUGCUUCUUCAGCUGGUCCCGAUUCUUUCGAUGUUCUUUCUGAUGACCACGGCUGCCGGCUCUGCUCUCUGGGCCUCGGAGUUGGAAAACAGACGCGGUUUGCUGGAACAAAGACAUGAGCCAGAGACUCCGGGAUACAAUGACGAAGAAACCGCGCCUUAA